UAUACAAAAGAGUACCAUAACGACGAGGAAGGAAAUAUGAAGAAGAUUUCAUUUUUUAGAGGCAACCCAAGCUCCCAGGAACUCAAACGAAGACGCUCGAUCGACUGAUAUCGUAUAUGACAGAGGAGGAAAAUAUGCAUGUGGUAAUGCUCCCAUGGUCAGCCUUCGGCCACCUUAUCCCCUUCCUCCAUCUCUCCAUAGCAGUAGCCAAGGCCGGAAUCCGCGUCUCCUUCGUCUCCACCACUGCCAACCUCCGCAGGCUCCCCCUUCAUUUCAUUCCUCCUGACUUGCCGGCUCCGCUUAAUCUGGUGGAGCUUCACUUACCCACUGUCGAUGGCCCACCAGCCGAUGCUGAAGCCACCAUCGACAUCACCAUAGAUCAAGUCCAAUAUCUCAAGACAGCCUACGAUCUCUUGAAACCACAACUCAAACAGUUCAUCUCCCAUGACAUCCCCAACUGGAUCAUCCAGGAUUUCGUCCCCUACUGGACUUCCGAAAUCUCUCAAGAACUCAAAGUCCACAUCCCACUUAUCAUGUUCUCCAUCUUACCCUCUACUUUCCUUGGUCCACUAGAGUUCCUCAUUGGUGACGCCCAAACCAAAUACUGGCCAUCUCCUGAAUCUCUAACAUCUCCGCCGGAGUGGUUCGAUUUCCCGUCCACAUUUGCCUUCCAGCUAUUUGAGGCAGUUCCCUUCCAUGCCGGCGCUUUCAAUAGAAACGCCUCCGGCACGAGCGACGCCGAGCGUCUGGUGCUCACCGUGACUGCCUGCGAAGCAUUUGCAGUCCGGGGCUGCAGGGAGUACGAAGGUCAAUAUUUAGAAUUACUACAGAAGCUUUACCGGAAACCUGUUAUUCCUGUCGGUAUACUCCCGGCGGCGCCAGCACCGUCGCCAACGGAGAAAAGCUUCCCAGGAGAGUGGUUGACCGUUUUCAAGUGGCUCGACCAACAACCGCCCAAGACGGUUGUGUUUGUUGGGUUUGGAAGCGAGUGCAAGCUGAGUAAGGAUCAGGUUCAUGAGAUAGCCCAUGGGCUUGAGCUUUCUGGCCUUCCCUUUAUAUGGGCCCUGAGGAAGCCCACAUGGGCAAUCCACAAGGAUGACGCCUUGCCGCCGGAAUUCAUGGCACGCAUCGAGGGACAAGGUGUGGUGUGUAUGGGCUGGGCUCCCCAAAUGGAAAUUCUGGCCCAUCCUUCGGUGGGCGGGUCAUUGAUUCACUGUGGAUGGGGAUCCAUAAAUGAGAACCUCCAAUUUGGUCACACCCUGGUGGCGCUGCCGCUUGCCAUCGACCAGGGCUUGAAUGCUAGGCUGCUGGUCGAGAAAGGUUUGGCCGUGGAAGUAGAGAGGGGAGAAGACGGGUCGUUUGAUCGGAGAGACAUCGCCGCGGCACUAAGGAAGGCCAUGGUGGAUGAAGAAGGGGAGAUGUUGAGGGUCCGAGCAUGGGAGAUGGCGACCAUCUUUGGUGAUCGGAGGAUCCAUCAAGCUUACAUGGAUGGCUUCAUCCAAUACCUCAAGAAGGGCCAGAAAGACAAAACUGGUUAACCCACUUUUGUCACUUCCUGUGUAAGUAUGUAGACGAUCGUGUAGUACUGUAUUGUGUGUGAAUUGUGAUUGAAGGGGACCAGCUUGUACUAUCAGAAUUUAAAAUUUAAGAGGAAACUCUAUUUUAAUAUAUUAUUUGGGUGCUCUCAUGUCUCAUCUAAUAAAGUCAUUGAGAUAACCUCUCCGAUGCUUUUCUCAAAACAG